AUGGACGGUGAUGAGUUUGGGGAUGAUUUUGCAGAUGAGGACUUCCUUGAGGCAUUGGAUCAGGUUUCCUCAUCUAAUAAAACUCAGAUUGUUUCACAGCAGUCGCCCACUGACACCUCGUUCUCAAAACAGCCUUGGAAAGACCCCAGAGCCCUAGCAGCCGCAACGCAAGAGCUUGACGACCUGCCCUCAGAUGCCUUUUCGUCCCCCGAACCGGAGCAGGCGACUUCUAUACCAGCAGCUCCAACAUCCAGAGAUGCGGCACGUGGGCCUAGGCUUCAAAACGGCCUGACUAGGACAUCAUCGGGAAGCUUUCGCCAGACGACACUUUGGGGGACAGAGAUUCGUGAAGAUGCGCCUUUCCAAACACAAAAUCCAAACCAGAGAGUCUUUCGAGCAGAUCUUCCGCGCGAGGAACAAACUCAUCACGACAUAGACAAGAAAGCGAUGGAAACUUGGGUGUACCCAACAAAUCUGGGGGCGAUUCGAGAUUACCAGUUCAGCAUUGUCAAGAACAGUCUGUUCAACAAUACUCUAGUUGCGCUGCCUACAGGCCUGGGCAAAACAUUCAUUGCCGCAACAGUCAUGCUCAAUUUCUAUCGAUGGACAAAAUCGUCCCAAAUUGUUUUCGUGGCCCCUACGAAGCCCUUAGUUGCCCAGCAAAUAGACGCCUGUUACAACAUUGUUGGCAUCCCGCGCUCUCACACGACCUUGCUGACAGGUGACAUCCAGCCAGCUCUACGUGUAGACGAGUGGGAGAAGAGGCGGGUAUUUUUUAUGACGCCGCAGACACUACUGAACGAUCUCUCCCAUGGAUACGCAGACCCGAAAAAUAUUUCCCUUCUGGUGAUUGACGAGGCACAUCGGGCUGUUGGCGAAUAUGCGUAUGCUAAAGUUACAAAACUUAUACGGAGAUUUUCCAAGAGUUUUCGUGUCUUGGCGCUUACUGCAACACCAGGCUCAAAAGUUGAAACAGUGCAGGAAGUCAUCGACAACCUAGGCAUUUCUCAUUGUGAAAUUCGAACGGAAGAGUCAAUUGAUAUCAGGCAAUAUGUUCACCAGAGAAAUAUCGACCAGAUGGUUCUUGACCCCUCGGAUGAGAUGAAUCUUGUCAGCGAGCUGUUUACGGAAGCUCUGAAACCGCUGGUUGACAAACUCAGCUCCCAAAAUAUUUACUAUGGUCGAAAUCCGAUGGCAAUGACGACGUAUGGAUUAAUACAAGCACAGAAAGAGUGGUUUACAACCCGGGGGCGUCAUGCAAACCAGGGUGUACAACAUAUGAUGAGGGCAAUCUUCAGUGUGCUGACCGGUCUGGCACACUCGGUCAAACUGCUCAACUUUCACGGAAUCAAGCCGUUUUUCGACAACAUGACCGAUUUUAGAAGUGAACAAGAGGGAAAGGGCGAGAAGGGAUCGAAAUAUAAACGCCAAAUCAUCGAACACGCGAGUUUUCAGAAAAUGAUGGACCAUAUAUCGCGUUGGCUGAAGACAGAUGGCUUCGUGGGCCACCCGAAGCUGACUGCGCUAGCAGACACCGUAUUGAAUCAUUUCAUGGACCAUGGUGAAGGCUCUGCCACUCGAGUGAUUGUGUUCAGUGAGUAUCGCGAUUCAGCAGAGGACAUUGUGCGUGAGCUCAAUAAGCACCGACCGCUUCUCAAGGCUAGCGUCUUUGUGGGACAAGCGGACGGCAAGCGAGGAGAAGGAAUGAAGCAGGCGCAACAGAUUCAGACAAUUGAAAGAUUCAGAAAGGGUGAAUUUAACAUUCUGGUAGCUACAUCCAUCGGUGAAGAAGGUCUGGACAUUGGCCAAGUUGACCUUAUUGUUUGCUACGACUCGUCUGCCUCCCCGAUUCGUAUGUUGCAGAGAAUGGGCCGAACCGGGCGAAAAAGGGCAGGAAAGAUUGUCCUUUUGCUGAUGAGAGGAAAAGAAGAGGAUCAAUUUGCGAAAUCUAAAGAUAACUACGAGAAGAUGCAGAAACUUAUCUGCGAAGGAAGUCGAUUCAACUUUCGGUUUGACCUGUCGACCAGGAUUGUCCCCCGAGAAAUUCGACCAGAGGUGGAUAAGCGGUUUGUCGAGAUACCUGUGGAAAAUACGCAGAACCAGUCUCUCCCUGAACCAAAGAAGCGUCGCGCUGCUGCCAAGAAGAAGCCGGCCAAGAAAUUCCACAUGCCCGAUGGGGUGGAGACUGGAUUUCAGAAACUGACUUACUACAUGAAACCUGGCUCAAAAACAGAACAGUCGACACCAAAGCGGAAUCCUGAGUUGGAUGAUCUUGAAGAUAUACCUGAUCUGAGUGGCGUUAUUCUUACUGGUGAACAGCUUAAAGAGCUUGACCGGUCUUACCGCGACUUGCCUUUCAACCAUAAUGUGGUUGAGGAGACGGAUAUGCCAAGUAUGACUGCGCAUCCUGUUCUCCAACGGCAGCUGCGGCCAGUAGCGAAGUUGAAGCAUGGAACUCACACUCGACGCUUUGUUAAGCUCUUGGCAAAAAUGGGCACUGAACCGGAUAGCCUGGUGCGGAAAUGUCGGUCUGGGGAUGCUAGCAGAUUUAAGGAGAUUCCGGUCAGUUCAUUUGUUGACACCGAUGGUGAAUCAGAGGCGGAUAACGCGUCUGAUUCAAACACAAGGAAGCGAUCUACCGGUCACAGUGAGAGAACAGGCGCUGGUGAUAUGGAGCUACCAAAAGGCAAGCGAAGAAAGAUAACACCGACUUCUGGAAUGGCGGCAUCACAACCAGAAGAUGACAACGGGGAAGCUCAAGGAGCAAGAGGGGGAGUCCGUAAGAAGGCAAAGAAACCAAGGGGUAAACACAAGAAAAGAAAGACGAAACAAAGAGGGGGCAUCAACAGCGAUGAACUCGGUGACGAUUGCGAACGGGAUAGUGAUCUCAUGGAGAGUAGCGGGCUCGACGAUGGUGCAGACCUCUUGGACUUUGUUGUGGCAGACAACCAAGCAACGUCAAGCAUGCUCGAUUCCCAGGCUACAUCACCAACAACAGCUUCCCCUCAGAGCACACCAAAGGCAGCAGCACAUAAGCCAUUCUACGUUCCUACGAACUUCUCAGCAACACAGGAGAGUGAGGACAUGCCCGACUUGGACACACUUGCGGGUCGAAAAUCAGGCAAAGGGGCUGAUCCAGUGGAUGUAUCCGACUCAGACCUUGAGGAUCUGGCCAUGCAACGUCCAGCUCGCGGGAGGCGACAAGUCAUCGAUAGUGACAGCGACGAGUAA